GACAGAAUGGCUGCGGCGGUGGUUGACGGUAAUCGAAUCUUGCGGGAGACAAUCAAACGUUCCGUAUUACGUACGCUUUUCGCUGUAGUACCUGGUUGCUGGAACAGCCCGCAAGGAGGCGACUUCAUCUGACUGUCCUGGAUUCUAUUAUUGAGAAUGCAUACACUUAUAAGUUCCACAGAGCUCUUCAUCUGGCAGACAGACGAAGGUUGAAAUGAAAUAUGAAAAAUACAGUUAUUCAGAAAUAGCUUAAUCUGCAAAACGUUAUUUGUUAACAGAAGAUGUCUUGCGAUUGCAAGGAUUUCAGCAGCAGAAGUUGGCAACUAAAUAUCGAAUAUAUGGCAAAAAAAGAUACGUAUUUUAGAAUGAUAGAAGAGAAACUUUCAGAAAAUAGACUGAUUCUCAGAGAUGAACUGAAAAUAUUACUGCAUUUGUGUGAGACAAAAGAUGAUAUAGAAAUAGCCAAGAGGGUUAUCUACAGGUACCAUGCAGAGAACAAAAAUGUGGCCUUUGCAGAGUUCAAAUUUGGUCCCCUUUUUAUGAGGCUGUGUUAUGAACUGGAUCUUGAAGAGUCAGCCUUUGAACUCAUCAAAGACCAGGCUCUGCGUGGCUUCUUCUCAGACACCACGUCAUUCAACAUUCUGAUGGAUCUGCUGUUUGCCAAAGGUCAUUAUGAACGUGCUCUGGAAGUGCUGUUAGAAAUGAAGAGGCAAGGUGUAAAGUUCAACCAAGAAACUUAUUUGCUCGCAUUUGCAUUAUGCUACAAACUGAACAGCUCAGAGUCUUGCAAAAUGUGUACUACAUUACUUGAAGAUGGGCAGCUCAGAGGAGAUCAUUUGCCAAGAAAAGGAUACUACUUUGCAGUAGCGUUUGCUCUGAAACAGAAUGAUAUUGCAAAAGCCAACUCCUUUUAUUCUCAGAUCAUGGAUACAGAAACUAGAAUAUGCAGCAAUUUAAAAAUUCUUCUUCAGGCUGCAUCUGGUAACCUAGAAGACGUUGUCCAGACACUAGAAACAGCACUAGAAAGCAACACUUCAGAUUUUGUGAAAAAAACUGAGUUCUGUAUGCAAGUGUUAACUACAGCCAGGGAGAAGCUGGAGGAAAACCUGUCCCUUUGUGCCCGGUUUGAAGCAGCAUUUACCAAGCUGCAAGCUUUGGGACAGACCACUUCCCUGACACUGGAUGACUUGUUGUGUCAGACCCCACCUACAAAGAGGCGCCACUUGCAGCUGUUAAAGCACAACCAAGUGAGCCGUCGGACUUUGAGGCCACUACGCAAUGCUCUGCUGACCGAGUAGAUCUGCAUUUGGACUUCACUUUCCCGUGUUAGGAUUCCCACCCCCCCAAUAAAAUUUCUCCCUGGCUUAGAGAAAUGGUUUUAGGCUAUGUGGUCUGUUUUCCUAGGUGGAUGUUGAUGUUCUGGGCAAACCAUGUGGAUGAAUAUCUUCCAACCAAGAACAUAAUGGAAUGAUCUAAAUCUGUCCAAAGCAGGUAUCUGGCAAGUGGUGGGCUGCAAUUGUCCUUAGCCAUCCAGGCCUUUCCCUAAUUCAGAGUUUCCCAAUAGAAACUAUCCACCAUGUUUCAGGAUUAUAAAGAAGGGGGAAAGUGUCCAGUGGUUCCUACCAGGCAAACAGCUUAUACUCAGGGGUCAGAAACUUUGUUUGUCCUGAUGAACUGCUCAGUCACUGAAAGAAGGAAGGCUUCAGCUGCACUGCUAAAUUCUCUGAACAGACCAGUUUGGGUAUCUCAUCUAUGUUUUUUGUGCUCUUGAUAGCUCUAGUAUGAAGGGGUUUUUUUAAACUAUAUAAAACUUACAGUAUAUACACACGUGGACAAAUUUGUUGGUACCCUUAAAGCUCAUUGAAAAAGUGUUUUAUGCCUCCUGAAAAACAAUUAAAUGAAAAGCAAUUGUCCCAUGUAUACAUGCAUGCCUUUGAUAUGUCAUCAAAGCAAGCAUGAAAAGAGAUAAAGUAUUGCUUAUUCUACAAAGAUAUUCUCAAGUGGCCUGGACACAUUUGUUGGUACCCCUAGAAAAGAUCAUAAAUAAUUGGAUUAGAGUGCUUUUUCAAAUUAGCUGUUUUCUUUCAUUAGUAUCACACAUGUCUCCAAUCGUGCAAUUGGUCAUUCAGCCUAUUGAAAUGGAGAAAAGUGGUCACUCUGCUGUUUGGUAUCAUUGUGGGUCCCACAAUGAACAUGGACCAGAGAAAGCAAAGGAGAGAGUUGUCUGAAGAGAUCAGAAAGAAAAUUAUAGACAAGAAUGUUAAAGGCAAAGACUAUAAGACCAUCUUCAAGCUGUUUGAUGUUCCUGUGACCACAGGUGCAAAUAUUAUUAAGGAGUUCAAGGUCCAUGGGACUGUAGCCUACCCCAAGGUCAAGGUCCAUCAGUAUCUGAUUGCGCCAUCCAUUGCUUUUUGAGUGACAGUGGGCUCAAUGGAAGAAGACCCAGGAGGACUCCACUGUUGAAAGAAAAACAUUAAAAAGCCAGACUUAAAUUUGCUAAAAUGCAUACUGACAAGCCACAAUGCUUCUGGGAGAAUGUCCUUUGGACAGAUGAGACAAAACUGGAGCUUUUUGGCAAGUCACAGCAGCUCUGUGUCCACAGACCAAAAAAUGAAGCUUUCCAAGAAAAGAACACCAUACCUACUGUGAAACAUGGAGGAGGCUCGGUUAUGUUUUGUGGCUGCUUUGCUGCGUCUAGCACAGGGUGCCUUGAGUCUGUGCAGGAAACAAUGAAAUCUCAAGACUAUUAAGACAUUCUGGAGCGAAACAUACUGCCCAGUGUCAGAAAGCUCUGUCUCCGUCACAGGUCAUGGAUCCUCCAACAGGAUAAUGACUCAAAACACACAGCUAAAAGCACCCAAGAAUGGCUAAGGACAAAACAUUGGACUAUUCUGAAGUGGCCUUCUACAGUAUGAGCCCUGAUUUGAAUCCUAUCGAACAUCUAUGGAAAGAACAGAAACAUGCAGUCUGGAGAAGGCACCCUUCAAACCUGACACAGCAGGAGCAGUUUGCUCAGGAAGAGUGGUCCAAACUACCUGUUGACAGGUGCAGAAGUCUCAUUGAGAGCUACAGGAAUUGCUUGUUUGCAGUGAUUGCCUCUAAAGGUUGUGCAACAAAAUAUUAGGUGAAGGGUCCCAUCAUUUUUGUCCAUGCCGUUUCCAUUUGUGUUAUUAUUUGAAAUAUUCUGUUGCAUCAAAACUCUAAAGCAAAUUCUGAUUUUUGUUCAAUGCGGAAUAAACAAUGAUGGAUGCCAA